UUCACUGUCUAAUACUCAUCCAGCGUCUUUGAAAUCAGCCCCACAGUGUUACUAAUUCAAACAAUCACACCUUCGCCAGAAAACCUGGCUUCCUGAGAAGAGGGAGGGAGUCGUGGGGCCUCGGCACAAACAGCCCUGGGAAGACUUGAGUUUGAUGCCAAAGCAGCCAGUUCUCACUGGUGACGGUGUGGCCGCUGCAGCCCGGCCCAGACCAGAUUUCCUCCCGGUUAACCCAGUGAACACUUCAUGAGCUGAGAUGAGAACUGAGCAGUGUUUUAAGUAGAACUUGGGGACAUGGGCGAAUACACAGCAGCGGUGCCCUCAUUGGGAGGGGCGUCCUGAGUCCCCAAAAGUCAUCUUGUUUUUGUCCUUGAGAUGUCGUACAUUAGUAUCUAGAGGUUAAGGCGGGGUGUGUUUGCCUAUGUGAGUGUGUUUGCAACUGUACAAAGCUAUCUGCUCGUGUAUGGCUUUCUUUCUGAACAAGGUGGGUGACAGGGGACGGACAAGGACGAGCCGCUGCCCCUGGAGAGCUGCUGCCCUGGAAGUCAGGGGGAGGAGAUCAUGGUGUAGUCCGCCCGCUCCCUACACCCCCUUCCCUCCAGUGUCUGAGAACCCAUCUCAGUAUACAUUAUUCAUACGUGCAUCAGUACUCUUCUGAGUUUGUGUUUUCACCGGGUGCCACCUCUAGGGACAGCCGUCUAGUGUUUAAAACUGUGGACUUGUGCUCAAGAGCUUGGCUUUGGGGCCACUCCCUGAGCAGAUCCGACUCAGGGCUUUGUGUUCUUAGGAAAAGGUGCCCCUUCCGAGCUCUGCCCCUGGGAAGGCACAGCCCCCAGCAGAGCUGGGGCUGGAUGUCAGCACCACCGUCCCCCUUGUCUGGGUACCUCUGUGCAGGGCGCACGCUGUGUAGAGGUGGAGCGUAGCUCUGUACCAGAGUGGAAAUCCAGUUCGCACUUCCAAGCUGGGGUGACUUGGUGCAAAUUGCAUUUCCGUGUUUCGGUCUCCUCAUCUUAAAGUGAGGGUCAGAGUAGUGCCUGUGUAUUGGAGUUGUUUACAUUUGAAACGGCAGGUGUUGAGAACGGCAGUCGGAACCUAGAAUGAGCUCAGAGCCCUGGCCAUUUCGAUGAGGAGUUACAGGGUGAGCAGCAGGAAGGCUCAGCCUGUGGUCCUCGGGCUCCACUUGUCUAUUGAUGGUUCCCGUGAUUUGAUCCAACUGACCAUACUUCUGACUGGCUCAGCCUUGAGGUCCAGAACACCAGGCCUCCUGGUGGGUACCCUGGAUGUCGUGUUGGACUCCAGCGCCCGGGUCGCGCCCUUCCGAAUCCUGUACCAGACUCCUGACUCUCUGGUCUACUGGACCAUCGCCUGUGGUGGUUUCAGAAAAGAAAUCACCGAGCACUGGGAGUGGCUGGAGCAGAAUCUCCUGCAGACCCUGUCCAUCUUUGAAAACGAGAACGACAUCACCACGUUUGUGAGAGGCAAAAUACAGGGCAUCAUUGCCGAGUACAACAAAAUCAACGACGUCAAGGAGGACGACGACACGGAGAAGUUUAAGGAGGCCAUCGUGAAGUUCCACCGGCUGUUCGGGAUGCCCGAGGAGGAGAAGCUGGUCAACUAUUACUCCUGCAGCUACUGGAAGGGGAAGGUCCCCCGCCAGGGCUGGAUGUACCUCAGCAUCAACCACCUUUGCUUUUACUCCUUUCUCAUGGGCAGGGAAGCCAAGCUGGUCAUCCGCUGGGUGGACAUCACUCAGCUGGAGAAGAACGCCACGCUGCUCCUGCCCGACGUGAUCCAAGUGAGCACGCGCUCCAGCGAACACUUCUUCUCGGUCUUCCUCAACAUCAACGAGACCUUCAAGCUCAUGGAGCAGCUCGCCAACAUAGCCAUGCGGCAGCUCUUAGACAACGAGGGGUUCGAGCAGGACCGGUCCCUGCCCAAACUGAAGAAGAAGUCUCCUAAAAAAGUGUCUGCUCUUAAACGCGACCUGGACGCCAGGGCCAAGAGCGAGAGGUACCGAGCCCUCUUCCGGCUGCCCAAGGACGAGAAGUUGGACGGCCACACGGACUGCACGCUCUGGACCCCAUUUAACAAAAUGCACAUUUUGGGGCAAAUGUUCGUGUCCACAAACUACAUCUGCUUUACCAGCAAGGAGGAACACCUGUGCAGCCUCAUCAUCCCGCUGCGUGAGGUGACGAUUGUAGAAAAGGCGGACAGCUCCAGCGUGCUCCCCAGUCCUUUAUCCAUCAGCACCAGGAACCGGAUGACUUUCCUGUUUGCCAAUUUGAAGGACAGAGACUUUCUGGUGCAGAGGAUCUCCGACUUCCUGCAACAGACGACCUCCAAAAUAUACUCGGACAAAGAGUUUGCAGGGAGCUACAACAGUUCGGACGACGAGGUGUAUUCCCGGCCCAGCAGCCUCGUGUCCUCCAGCCCCCAGAAAAACUCGAGCUCCGAUGCCGAGGGGGAGCGCCAGUUUAACCUGAACGGCAACAGCGUCCCCACGGCCACACAGACCCUGAUGACCAUGUAUCGGCGGCGGUCCCCCGAGGAAUUCAACCCAAAAUUGGCCAAGGAGUUUUUGAAGGAGCAAGCCUGGAAGAUUCACUUCGCCGAGUACGGGCAAGGGAUCUGCAUGUACCGCACGGAAAAGACACGGGAGCUAGUGUUGAAGGGCAUCCCGGAGAGCAUGCGUGGCGAGCUCUGGCUGCUGCUGUCAGGGGCCAUCAAUGAGAAGGCCACGCACCCUGGGUACUACGGGGACCUGGUGGAGAAGUCCAUGGGGAAGUACAAUCUGGCCACAGAGGAGAUCGAGAGGGACUUACACCGCUCCCUCCCAGAACACCCUGCUUUCCAGAACGAGAUGGGCAUCGCUGCUCUGCGGAGGGUCCUAACGGCUUACGCUUUUCGAAACCCGAACAUAGGGUACUGCCAGGCCAUGAAUAUCGUCACAUCGGUGCUGCUGCUGUAUGCCAAAGAGGAGGAGGCGUUCUGGCUGCUGGUGGCUCUGUGCGAGCGCAUGCUCCCUGAUUACUACAACACCAGAGUGGUCGGUGCGCUGGUGGACCAGGGUGUCUUCGAGGAACUGGCGCGAGACUACGUCCCCCAGCUCUACGACUGCAUGCAGGACCUGGGCGUGAUUUCCACCAUCUCCCUGUCGUGGUUCCUCACCCUGUUUCUCAGCGUGAUGCCCUUUGAGAGCGCCGUUGUGGUUGUCGACUGUUUCUUCUAUGAAGGAAUCAAGGUGAUAUUCCAGCUGGCGCUGGCCGUGCUGGAUGCCAACGUGGACAAGCUGCUGAACUGUAAGGACGACGGGGAGGCCAUGACCGUUUUGGGAAGGUACCUGGACAGCGUGACCAAUAAAGACAGCACGCUGCCCCCCAUCCCUCACCUCCACUCCCUGCUCAGCGACGACGUGGAGCCCUACCCCGAGGUGGACAUCUUCCGGCUCAUCCGAACUUCCUAUGAGAAAUUUGGGACUAUCCGGGCAGAUCUGAUCGAGCAGAUGAGGUUCAAGCAGAGACUGAAGGUGAUCCAGACCCUGGAGGACACCACGAAACGGAACGUGGUACGAACCAUUGUGACGGAAACAUCCUUUACCAUCGAUGAGCUAGAGGAGCUCUAUGCUCUUUUCAAGGCAGAACAUCUCACCAGCUGCUACUGGGGCGGCAGCAGCAACGCGCUGGACCGGCACGACCCCAGCCUGCCCUACCUCGAACAGUAUCGCAUCGACUUCGAGCAGUUCAAGGGGAUGUUCGCCCUUCUCUUUCCCUGGGCCUGCGGAACUCACUCGGACGUGCUGGCCUCCCGCCUGUUCCAGCUACUAGACGAAAAUGGAGACUCUCUGAUUAACUUCCGAGAGUUUGUCUCUGGGCUCAAUGCCGCCUGCCACGGGGACCUCACAGAGAAGCUCAAGCUCCUGUACAAAAUGCACGUCUUGCCUGAGCCCUCCUCUGAUCAAGACGAGCCAGACUCUGCAUUUGAAGCGACCCAGUAUUUCUUUGAAGAUAUCACCCCAGAGUGCACACACGUGGUUGGUUUGGACGGCAGAAGCAAGCACAGCGCGGACGACGGCUUUGUGACUGUGAGCCUGAAGCCGGACAGAGGGAAAAGGGCAAAUUCUCAAGAAAAUCGCAUUUAUCUGAGGCUCUGGACUGCCGAAAAUAAGUCAAAAUCAAAGAAUGCAAGGGAUUUACCAAAACUGAACCAGGGGCAGUUCAUUGAGCUCUGUAAGACGAUGUAUAACAUGUUCAGCGAGGACCCCAACGAGCAGGAGCUGUACCACGCCACGGCGGCUGUGACCAGCCUGCUGCUGGAGAUCGGGGAGGUGGGCAAGCUCUUCGUCACCCAGCCUGGCAAGGAGGUGGGCAGCGGGCCCUGCAGCCAGGGCAUCCCGGGUGUGCCCUUCCCCAAGAAAGGGCCCGGCGGCGGCGGUGGCGCGCCCUUCGGGGUGGAGCCAGUGGAGCCCCACGCGGCCAGCUUGGCGGGCGACGCCGAGGACCACUCUCUGGGCGGACAGAUGGAGGACAUAAAGCUGGAGGACUCGUCCCCGCGGGACAACGGCGCCUGCUCCUCCAUGCUCAUCUCCGACGACGACACCAAGGACGACAGCUCCAUGUCCUCCUACUCGGUGCUGAGUGCCGGCUCCCACGAGGAGGACAAGCUGCACUGCGAGGACAUCGGGGAGGACACGGUGCUGGUGCGCAGCGGCCAGGGCACCGCUGCGCUGCCCGGGAGCGCCAGCCUGGACCGGGACUGGGCCAUCACCUUCGAGCAGUUCCUGGCCUCGCUGCUCACGGAGCCCGCGCUGGUGCGGUACUUCGACAAGCCCGUGUGCAUGAUGGCCAGGAUCACCAGUGCCAAGAACGUCCGCAUGAUGGGCAGGGCCCUCGCCUCGGCCAGUGACUACGAGAUCUCCGCCCUGUCCGGCUGACGCGCUCCUCCCUCCGCCGGCCUCCUCCCUCUGCCGGCCGGGAGGGGCGGGGCGGGGUCUUUUUUAUGUUCUCUGUUGGGGUUUCUUUCUUUUACAUUAAAUAUUUAUUAGGG